UUUUUCUCCAGUUUGGCGAAUCGUUCGGUCAUUAGUCAGAAGAUUUUCUAUUGUACGAAAACCAGUGGCAUUAUUAUCGUUGAUUUUGAAAGGUCUCAAUCUCUUGAGGUUAAUAGAUUCCAAAAUUAAAGGUUUUGAAUUUCCGAGCAACUUUUCAAUACAGUGCAGUGAGGAUUACCGACACGAAAUCAUCAAAAUAAUUGACACUUUGGACAAAUCCCGUAAACUAAACUGUCAGAAAGAAAAAUACUUUCUUUUAAAUUACGACGUUUUUUUUUUUAUAACGGAAGGAAACAAUAUGAGCAUGCACGAACUAAAUCCGAGAAUUCGACACAUUUUUCUGGCAAACGUAAAAUGCUGCAAUUCGAAUGCGUCAAUUUUCACGGACUCAAUUUCAGUUAGAGCUUCUUAGCAGUGAAUGGUGAAGCUUGGAAUUAAAAUUCAGCCGGAGAGCUGUGUCUCGAUGCAGUGUUAAUAACGUUCUCUCAUUCCCCUUGAGCUCCCCUCUCGUAAUUAUCAUCUAAACGGUCACUAUAGUAUCGUACGUGUCACGAGUCUCAAAUAAUCACAUAAAGAAUCUCAUAAAUCGUGAGGGCGAGGUCGACAAUAAGUGGCUAUGUGUUGGCACAUGUGCAACGGAAUAUUCGGACGAGUAGCUGAGCUGGCACGAUAUCCAUGUUUAAGUGUGUAGACUCGUCGAGUCUAUCGCGAGCUGUUGUUCUUCUGCUUCAUAACACUCGAGAAUCAUGUCGCCGGAAUCGACAGUGGAAAAAAGCGUUGACAAAAAACAAGAAGCGUUCAAAAGAUUUCGAUUUUUUGAUACGCAGACACAACCGUUGAAUGUGCUGAGUCAAAGCGCGAUUCCAAUACAAUUGAGUGCAACUUCGGCCAUCAUCGUGACGGGUUAUCUUCCUGGACAAAUUACUGGAUUCGCCAUUAAUCUUACAUGCAAGCUACCCGGAAAUGUAGGCUUGCACUUUAAUCCGCGUUUGGAUCGAGGUUACAUAGUAAGAAAUUCAAAAAGUCGCAAUUCUUGGGAGAACGAAGAAACCUGUUCUCCAGCCCUCCCGAGUUCGAGAGCUUUCGAAAAAGAUUCUUAUUUCCAUUUGCUCAUUUUUUGCGGAGCCAACGAAUUUUAUAUAGCAAUCAACGGUGAGCAUUUUUGCGAGUUUCAUUACCGAUUUUCUCUAGAGACGAUCGAGGCUUUGGAGAUCGUUGGGGGAGUCGAGGACGUGCGAACGCGAGUAACGAAUCUUUGUAUCUAUCCCGAUCCAAAGAUUUGCAAACCCCUACGAAAUUUGAAGCUCGAUGACAAAAAACCGGUCUUCGAACAUCUCAAAGUACCAGUUACCAUUAAGAUUGAUCGAGAAUUCAAUCAUGGAGCACGUAUUUUUAUCAAAGGAAGACUCAAGCUCCUUCCUCAUUCAUUCUACGUCAAUUUGCAGAGGGGUGAAAUGUUAUAUCCACACCCGGAAAUCGCGCUGCAUUUAAAUCCAAGAUUCCAGUAUGGCAGUCGGACUGCGUGUGUAGUAAUGAAUUGUUGGGCCGAAGGCGCGUGGAGCAGCGAGGAGAGACACGAGGGCCAAUUAUCCUGGGGUCCCGGACGUGAUUUCCUAUUAACCAUACGCUGCGAAUACGAGGGUUACAUGAUAUGGCUCGGUGACAAGAUGAUCGGUGAAUUUAAGCAUCGAUUGCAGCCAACGAUCGUCGAUACUCUGAAAAUAUCGGGUGACGUAGUUCUCUACGAGAUUGCCAUGAGUUGCGCGUGACAUUAAUUCCCCUCCCUUUCUCCGCUUCCCUUGACAUGGUACGACGACGAACGACUUUUUUCUGAGAGUACAUUCUUCUCUUUCUCAAGUCAAGUUUCUGCAAGCAUCUCUAUCUCCAUAACGCGGAGAACAUUUUUUAUACAAACUUAUAUAUAUACAAAACUUUGUUUAUAUAUAUAUAUAUUUAUAUUUAUUGGACGUGUACUCGAAGAUCAUGUCGUCUCGUUGCGUAUUGUUUCUCUCAUUAUUCCAUUUAUUAUACGCUUCUUUGUCUUUAUACAACACUAAAUUUUAUAGCGCUAAUUGUAUAUUAUUAUUUUAGAAAAUAAAUUAUUCAGAAAAAUAUGGAAAACA